GAAACAACCUGCUUAAAGCCAAUCCAAGAAAAGAAAAAACCUGAAAAACCAAACCCACCAAAAUGAGUGAUCACAACCCAAACCAAACUACAAAGCAUUAGGAUACAAAAUAAUCACAUUAUAUAAUUAUACACCAUGGGAUUCCGUUGGCUUGAUUAAGGCAAAUGAUUGCCAUUAUCAAUAUCAUAUAGUAUGUUUCAAGACUCAAUUGUCUCGGUUCCCCUGAGCCAAUAGCUACAAAUUAGCAGAGAGCGUGAUUAUGGCAGAGGAAUCUGAGGCAAAAUGGGAAGGUAAAGCUGUAGUUGAGGUAGCAGGAGUGGGAGCUGAAGUUGUAUGGCCUGUAUUAGAGGAUUUCUGCAACGUACAUAAAUGGCUUCCCUUAGAUUUUUGUUACCAUGUUGAAGGGAUUCAAGGUCAACCUGGUCUCAUCCGUUACGCUGGUUCUUCCUCCAUAAAAGGGGGUGCUGCUACUGAUACUGCUACUGCUGAUGACACAACCUUCACGUGGGGCAAAGAGAAGCUGCUGAAAAUGGAUCCCGUCCAACGUUGUUUGUCCUAUGAAAUUCUCGACAACAACUUGGGAUUCAAGUCCUAUGUGGCCACAUGGAAAGUACUAGAUGCUGAAAUUGGGUGCAAGAUCCAAUGGGAGUUUGCGUGUGAACCUGUGGAAGGGUGGAGUUUCCAAGGUCUCUACUCAGUCAUUGAGUCCUGUCUCAAGUUCAUGGCCAACAAGAUUCAGAGCUUGCACGCUUCUGACAAAGAUUGAAGCCAGAAUUGUUAAAAUGUGAGGACUAUUCUGAUAAGCAAGAAUAGUUCAAGGACCUGUUUGUAAUAAGCUAGUUGUUUAAUUUUAAGUUUGUUAGAGUUAGUUCAGGUUGUUAGAACUAAUUAGCUGACCUGGCAUGCCAGCUGUACUAGUUAGUUACACCAAGCUAGAUUAGUUAGAAGUUGAUAAUCACUAUAAAUAGUGAUUUACAUUGUAACUGAAGGUUAAGAUGAAUAAUCAGAGAUUCAAUUGAAGUUUUAUCUUCUUCUUCCU